AUGGCGAUCAAGCACAACAACGUGAGGAUUUUCCGUUCCCUCUGUCUUGUGUGAAUGGAAGCGAGUGCUGAUUUUUGUGGGCUGGCUUUUUUGUAGCAAAUCCCCAACAACCAUUUCCGCAAGCAAUGGCAGACUCGUGUGCGGACUCAUUUUGACCAGGUUAGUCGAUUCUACGGGCCUCCCCUCUGGCUACUAUAUUUGGUGGAUAUUGGGAGAUGGAGGUGGUUGGGGAAGUUUGGCUAGAUGGAUAUUUUGGAAGUAGGGGGGGGGGCUGAGGCUAAUGGAUUGGGUUUCGGCAUUUACAGCCCGGACGCAAGCACCGUCGUCGCAAUGCUCGUUUGGCCAAGGUUUCUGCGGUAGCUCCCAGACCCGUCGACCUCCUUCGCCCCAUCGUUAGAUGCCCGACUAUCAAAUACAACCGCCGUGUACGUGCGGGUCGUGGAUUCACCCUCGAGGAACUUAAGGUCCGUCCUUCUCCUGUAUCGCUAGCUCCUGGAUCAAGCUAACGCAAGGACUGUAAACAGGAGGCCAAGAUCCCCCGUAAAUUCGCCUUGACCAUCGGAAUCCCCGUCGACCACCGCAGGCAAAACACCUCGGUCGAGUCCCUCCAGGUCAACGUCGCCCGACUUAACGAGUACAGAUCCAAGCUUAUCCUCUUCCCCCGCCGUGCCAAUAAGCCCAAGUCCGGCGACUCCUCGAAGGAAGACGUCAAGGAUGCCACUCAAACUCGCUCCGUCGCUGCCAUCCUCCCGAUCAACCCCAACCCCGGUAGGACUAUCUUCACCGAACGCACUAUCACCGCCGCCGAGAAGGAGAGGAACGUGUUCAGGGAAUUGCGCCUUGCCCGCGCAGAUGCCAGGAAUGCUGGUGCCAGGGAAAAGAGACAAAAGGCCAAGGACGAUGAGGCAGCAGCCAAGAAGAAAUAAAAUUAGUGCUUUCUUCCUGUUUUUGUGGCUAGUUGUGAAUUACCGAAAAUGGUUGUUUCAUUUUAUGCCUGGGUGGGAUUUUUCUUGUUCUCACUUUUUUUUCUUUUUUUUCUUUUUUUCUUCCAGUUCUUCCAUGGUGGUUCCUGAAUAAAGGUAUUCCAUUGUUUCAAUUUGGGGAAAUUGGGGACCAUUGGGACUUUUUUUUUUUUAAAAAAAAAAACUAUUCUGGGAGAUUUUUUUUUCCUUCGAAACGUGCUAUGAGAUUGUUUUAAAGCUUGUGUCGGGGGUAUGAGAGAGCGCUAGCUUCCUGGGAUACUAGUGGGAGGCGCCAUAGCUUGAUGACACCAAUAUAUAGAUAGAUGUGGUGUGGUAG